AUGCUUGAGAAGUCGAGAGGGCUUGUUGCCGACUGUAUUAUAUAUGACCUCGAGGAUUCUGUCGCGAGAAGCGAGAAGGCGGAGGCACGAUCGAGGCUUCGACAAUUACUUGAUUUGCCUCGGCCAAAGACGGUUCAUGAGCAGGCGGUUCGGAUCAAUGCAAUCGAUAGUGGAAUGGCGUUUGAUGAUUUGGGGAAGAUUGUGAGUCGCAUAGGAGCUUUCGGCACAAGUAGUCAGAGGCUGAUUCGCAAUGUAUUCCAGUUGAAAUGUGAGAAUCUCGACUCGAUCGUCGUGCCCAAAGUCCAAUCAGCAGCGGAUCUCCGAUCUGUCGCGGACGCAAUCAAGCAUCACGCUCCCCAUCGGUGUAUGCUUGACCAUGGUGCCUCUGCCUCGGUGUUGAAUAGCAAAAGCAGCUCCAGGAACACAAGACCUCUGCAACUAAUUGGCCUCAUCGAGUCUGCCCGUGGGCUCCUGUCCCUCGCUGACAUCUGCACCGCCACACCGUUCCUGUCCGGUAUUGCCUUUGCAGCAGAAGAUUUCGCUCUGGACCUUUCUCUUGUUCAUACUCCGUCUCGUCUCGAAAUGCUGCAUGCGCGUUCAACGAUCGUGACCGCAUGCCGGGCUUUCAAUGUGCCAAGCGUAAUUGACCUAGUUAGCACGGAAUUCAAAGGGCAGUCUGGCCAGCAGAGACUAAAAGAAGAUUGCCUGUUUGGGCAAUCCCUCGGCUUCAAUGGAAAGCAGUGUAUACACCCACUCCAACUAGAGCCUGUCCAGGCAGCGUUUGGGCCAUCGCAAAGGGAAAUUGAGUGGGCGACAAGGGUUGUGGCCGGCGCAAGCCAAGCAGAAAACAAAGGCAAAGGGGCCUGGUCACUCGAAGGCCAGAUGAUAGAUGCGCCCAUCAUCGCCCGGGCUGAGCGGACUCUCGAGAAGGCUAGGCGUUUCGGAUCGUGA